AUGGAGCAGCCAACACCCCGUAAAGAUCGCGUUCUCGAACGCUUUUUACUCUUCCUCCUCAUCAUCCUCCCAGGAAUCCUCGCCAUUGUCCUCGGUGGCGGACUAGUAGCCGGUACGAUCUAUGCGCUCGACGUUCGUAUCCGCCACCUCGUCGACACCGCCAGCGUCGACCCGGACCCAGCCGUCUGGGUCAAGCAGGCCCGCACAUUCGCCUACGACCGGUGCUACAAUGGGUGCCGCGAUGCGACCUGUCUGUCGGACCCGGACGCCGUCGCAAAGGCUUGCGCGCGCACGGCCAAGGCCGGCGCCACCUGUGACGCCGCGCGCAUGUGGAACUGGCGCGACGGGAGGUACCAGGAUCAUUGCCUGGCUGCGGUCGGCGACAUGUUCAAGGCCGACGCCCUGCACGCCAAGAAGAUGAAGCUCAGGCAGCAGUACGCCAUCAUCAUACUCUGCCUGCUAGGCGGACUAGUCUUGGGGUGGGUGACGUACAAGCUUGCCAAGCGUUACGCUGCGGGCUGGCGUCACCGACUCCUGGAUCGUGGGGCUUUGCGGGACUUGGACCAGAGGGGCGGCGCCCAGGAACCAGAGCUCAUGCCACGGGAAGAGAAAGUCUCGCGACCGCACGAGGGUCGAAGUCGUGUGAAGACAGCACUUCUUGUGAUAUUGGCUUUCUUCGGCAAGAAAACACAAGCCUUUCCGUGUGCUGGCUACGGCACGAAGCAGUGGCAAACCUUUGAGAACGCAAACCGUACUGUCAUCGGAUUCGUUCAGGGUUGGAUGUCUGAUUGCUAUCACUAUCAGUCCUGCUACUCGUCGUGCUCGGAGUCUUGCAGCACGUCUGGCGGCACCACUUCUUGCCACACGACAUGCAGGGACUCGUGCACCACACAUACAGGAGUCAGGACAUAUCCAGACUUUUACGUAUCGCGGGCAGCCAAGAAAGUGGUGGACUGUGGGUUCCAUUUGAUCGAUCAAUUGAAUGAGACGGUCGAUGCGAGGGUUGCAAACGCUGGUAUCGAGUCAAAUUAUUGGGUCACCAUCGUGGUGAAUGCAUAUAACGUCACGUCGCCGGGCGUUACAGAUGAUGAUGUCUGGUGCCUGUACAAUAUUGGAAAUACGAAGCCUUGA